UGGGUGUGUGGCAGGCCCCAGGGGCUUAGUUCGAUAAGCGCACCCAUGAACUGUUGGGGUGCAGGCCCGUGGGCCGGGCCUGGGUGAUGGGAUUUUGUGAGAAUGACCAGCUAUCCCGGCCUUGUGCAGACUACGCAGGUUCCGAGGAGGGACCGCCUAGGCACCGGUAGGCCGCGGGGGAUUGCCUCGAYCGUGGUCCUUCGGGACAUCCGUCAAAAUUGGAACGAUACAGAUAAGACUAGCAUGGCCCCUGCGCAAGAGCAUGAAUCGGGGCGGGGUCCGACGGCCAGACGCUUCUCUGAUAUUGCUCGGUAUCCGGGGGUAGCCAGAAUUGCCAUUGAUAUUUUGGUUUUUUUUCUACUGCGCGUGUCGGUUGAACCGGUGAGGGACAACGCUACGGGAAAGCGGACUAGGCCGGCCCCAACGGAGGAAGGAAGAGUGAACCUGGACGCGGGUCGCGCCAGGUGCUUGGAAAGCGAACGUAGCCAUGGCGGAGCUCGGCAGGAGCAUUGCGGAGCAGGGAGAGGAGUUCCCGCCCGAUCUGUGAUGAAAUCGGGCGAAACAAGAGUCGAGGUAGGAGUUUCUGGCUAUGGCAAGCUUGAUCAUGUGGCUGGAAGGGCAUGGGAAUUAGCAAAUCGCGAGUUAGUUGAAGGAGGGGAAAUGCGGGAGAUGGUAGAGAGUGGCAGCAAGAGUGAGGAGAUGGAGAAGAGGAUCUCAGAAUGGGUCGCCGACUUAUCCUUGGGGGAAGAAGAAGAGGUAGCCAUGUACAUCCCCAAGGAUGAGCAGGAAGCCGCUAUGAAGGAGUGGGAAGCAGAAGGAGAUGUUUUGAAGCGGCAGGCAAUGGAGGAUGAGAAGAGGAUGGAAUGGAAGUUAAGGAUGAUGAGGGAGAAGAAGAAGAGGGUGGACGCGGCGAGUGAAGCGGUCAAAGAUCUGGAGGAGGUGCAAAAACUGACUCUACGAUUGACCCCCCAGGUAGACCUCCAACAAAAGGUAGAGAUCAUUGCCCAGAGUGUUGAGCGUUUAGCCCGAGUACAGGAACAACAGUAUGAGUUUAGUCGAAGUCAGGAUAUGGCCGUGCGCUCGAUGCGAAUGGGAUUUCGGGACUUUGUUCGCGAACUGGUAGGCGCAGUAGGAGUCGAGGUGAACCAUCGCCUCGAGAAGACUGAACGCUUCUGCGUCGGCGCCAUUGAAGGCGUCAAGGAGGCAACUCCCAAGGAGGAGGAGGCACGUUCUGGCAGGGAGCCAGUCAAAGUCAAGUUCCCUGAUUCCUACAGUGGAAAAAGGGAAGAAAACUUUAACAAUUGGGAGGCCAACGUGAAGACCUAUGUGCAUCUGCAACAGAUCCCCCCAGAUCAGCACGUGUUGAUUGCGAUUCAUGUGCUUAGAGAUGAAGUCGCCAGUUUCGCGAUGUCCCUCGUCCGCGCUGCCAACUGCAAUGAAGAUGCAGUUGUGUACUCCACAUUCACCCCCCUCGUUGAGUUUAUGAAAUUGCUGCGCGAGCGAUUCGCUGAUGUUGCUCAUAGUGUUAAGGCCUCCGAUAGGCUGCAAACUAUCCAUUCCCGUCAGUGGAAGAGCGCGAGGGCACUCAAAAGCACGAUGGAUGAGUUAGUGGCUGUUCCUGACCACGGGGUCACAGUGCCCCAAUUGGUCAACCUCUUCUACCGGGCUAUGCUCGAAACAUUUAGAGGGCACUUCUUCGCGAAGAGCCAAGACCCUGCUAUGACGUAUGAUGCGCUUAGCAGGGAAGUGGUGGCGUUUGAGGCAAAGUCUGUGUCAGUUUCCACUUUUUGGCACAAGGACUUAGACAAGGGAAAGAAGUGGAAGGGUCGCAUUAUCUCAGGGCAAGUUAAGACUAAGGAUAGUUUUGUCCUGACCUUAGACGAAAGUAGCGUCGACGAGAUCCCCUACGAACAGAUUGAGUGGGGGUUAGAGGAUGAGGACAGCGGUGCGAGCCAGGGGAGAACUUACGCUGCUGUAGCGGCUGGAGGGAGGCCGCAAGGAGGAGGACGAGGCCAGGGCCAAGGGGGYCGGGCCUCAGGGAGCCGAUUUCAGGGCGAUCAGGGGGUUGGCGGCAGAGGAGGAAACCGCCAAGCGGGAGGAAGGGGUCAAGGUCCCCCGCAAAACCGUCCUAGGAAUAGGUCUCCCUAUAGGGUAGGUGGAUGUCACCCAGGGCUACCGCAGGGUAGGCCUUGGGAAAGUGUGGGUCUGGACCAGGGCUUAUGGCAACAGCGUUUGGACCGGGGCCAGUGCAUUUACUGCAGUGACCCGGGCCAUAUCAUUAAACAUUGUCCUAAGUAUAGAGAGACCCGGACGGCUGCUCAAGGGCCAAAAUUGCCGUCGGUAGGGGUGGCAAUUGCCGCUACCAUUAGGCCAUGUGGGGAACAUAGCGCUAGCCGGCAAGAGACUCCCACACCACAUGUGCCUAUGGCAGAGGUUGCAAGCCUGUGUCUAGAUCGCUGUCCAGAGACUACUUGUGUUAGAGUCUCUCUAGACACCUCCCUCACAGGCGUGGCUAAAGAAUUGAAGGAGAGGAUGCCCGCCUGGGCCAAGAUGAAGAAGGAGAAUAAAGGGCAGCUUAUACCAGUAGAUACAGAGAUAUUUAGAGGACGAGUAGGCGCCCUAGUGGAUAGUGGAGCCACUCCUAGUUAUAUUAGUAGGAAGGCGCUACAGAAGUUGAAGUUGCAGUUAAAGGUCCAAAGAUUAGCAGACCCUAUAGUAAGUAUCCUCGCAGACAAUUGCACCAUGCGAGUAGAGGAAUACGUAGAGGGAGUCCAGGCGUAUUUUCGCUUAGAAAACGAGGAGAAAGUGGAGAAGGUUCUCCAUUCCCCGACUCUCCUCGUCGAGGACAACCUCCCGUUUGAAAUAGUCCUAGGUAUGGAUUGGGGAGAGGCAGCAAAGGCCACACUCCACUUGAGAGAGCACGAGUGUAGGCUCCCUAGUCCGUCAGGUGGCGUCAAGGCUGCCCGUCUGUUCCAUGUGUCAGGAGUAGACAACUCCUUGGCGCAUUGCUGCCUUAGUGCUCCUGCGUUUGCAAGGUUAGUAAAGAAGGAGCAACCAGAGGAACAGGUUUUUGUAGCCUAUGUUAGGCCGGUCACUGAGCCUAAAGAGGAGAAGCCCCUAGACCCUGCGAUUGCCAAGCUGCUGGAAGAGUUUAAAGACUUAGCUGAGCCGCCAACAGGAGUAGUGUCGCGGCCCAUCCAGCACCGUAUUGAGAUAGAGCCUGGCAGUAGAACUCCUAAGGGUGCCGUAUAUAGGAUGUCCCCACGGUGGUUAAAGGAGCUUCGCAAACAGUUAGACGAGCUCCUCGAAAAGGGUUGGAUUAGGCCCAGUUCGUCUCCCUUUGGAGCACCUGUUCUAUUUGUCCCCAAGAAGGAGGGAGAGCUGAGGAUGUGCAUAGACUAUGGAGGUUUGGAUGCUGCUACAGUGAAGAAUGCUGAGCCACUGCCUAGGAUAGAUGAUCUCUUGGAUCGAGUGCAAGGGGCAGAAUACUUCUCCAAGAUAGAUUUGAAGUCCGGAUAUCAUCAGAUAGAGGUGCAUCCUGAUGAUCAGUAUAAGACAGCCUUCCGGACUAGAUAUGGGCACUAUGAGUUCAUAGUGAUGCCCUUUGGACUAACCAAUGCGCCAGCGACGUUCCAGCGUUGUAUGAACGAGUUGUUUAGGCCAUGGUUAGAUAGAUUUGUUGUUGUCUACUUAGAUGAUAUCUUAGUGUUUAGCAAGACCCUCCAAGAACAUCAGGCUCAUCUCAGGCAGGUCUUGGAGAAGCAGAGAGGGGCUAACUUCAAGAUCAAUGCAAAGAAGUGCGAUUGGGCGAAAACCCAAGUUUUAUACUUAGGCCACGUCUUAGACGGAGACGGCGUUAAGCCAGAAGAUUGCAAAAUCGCAGCGAUUAGAGAUUGGCCCACGCCGCGUACAUUGUUGAGGAAAGAAACCAUUUGGAAGUGGGAUAAGGACUGCACGUCUGCCAUGAAGACGUUGAAGCAAGCGUUGAUAGAAUACCCAGUCCUUAAGGUAACCGAUCCGUCCUUGCCCUUUGUCGUCACUACGGACGCCAGUCAGUACGGCAUAGGUGCUGUGUUGCAGCAAGACGAUGGCAAUGGUUAUAGGCCCGUAGAGUUCAUGUCUGCUAGGAUGCCUUCAGAGAAGGUUGCGACAUCUACCUAUGAGAGGGAACUCUACGCUCUCAGGCAAGCAUUAGAACACUGGAAGCACUACUUGCUUGGGAGGCACUUCAAAGUUUAUUCCGACCACGAAACGUUAAGGUGGUUGAAGACGCAGGCCAAGAUGACACCUAACCGUAUUAGGUGGGCCGCAGAGAUAGACCAGUAUGAUUUCGAGCUCAAGCCAGUCAAAGGGAAGUAUAAUGUAGUUGCGGACGCUCUGAGUAGGAGAGCUUACUACUUUGGAGCGAUAGUUCACUAUCUAGACACCGGACAAGACCUUCAGCAAAAGGUCAGAGAAGCGUACGCGCAGGACCCCAUCUAUAGUGAACUUCUUAAGAAAGUAAAGGAGGCCCCUGAGACCGAGCCAGAUUACCGCACUACUGAGGGAUUGCUCUUUGAGAAGACUAAUGUAUUCGACCGAUUGUGCAUUCCCAAUAGUGAAGAGAUCCGCAGUCUGAUCUUAGGAGAAUGUCACGACACAGAGGGUCAUUUGGUUGGCAAAAGACUCUAGCCAAUGUAAUGCACGCGCGCACUUGGCCGGGUAUGAAGAAUGACUGCAUAGAGUAUGUUCGCAAUUGCAAAGUC